AUGCUGUCUCCGUGGAGUUACCUCAAGCGCCACAAAAAUAAGUUCCUCUUCGCUGGUGUUCUCGUUGGAGGAGGAUACCUACUAAGUAAAUAUGCCCAGAGAAAGUUACAGGAAUUUCAGGAAAAAGAGGCUACAGAAUACAUUACUCAAGCCAGACGGCAGUAUCACUUUGAAAGUAACCAGAGGACAUGCAAUAUGACUGUUCUGUCUAUGCUGCCAUCUCUUAAAGAAGCCAUUAUUAUCCGCUUAGAUUCAGAGAGCCUUACGUCGUUGCUGAAGACACGACCAGCGAACAAGUUUGAAAUCUGGGAGGAUCUUAAAAUAAUCAGUUUUGCCAGAAGUGUAGUAGCUGUGUACAGUACGUGCAUGUUGGUUGUUCUACUGCGAGUUCAGCUCAACAUCAUUGGUGGUUACCUGUACUUGGAUAACUCCGUGAAUAAAACUGGAAUGGUCCCAUUUGCACCACCUGAAGUUCAACAACAGUACUUGUCUAGUAUUCAGCAUCUUCUUGGAGAUGGGCUGAAUGAGUUGAUGACUGUAGUGAAAAAAGCAGUACAAGAUGUGAUGGGAGGCAUGUCUCUAAAGCAGCAUCUGUCACUACAGGAGUUGGACCAGCAGCUAGAGAGCAUCAGACAACGUGUAGAGGAGGGCUUCGGAAAAGCAUCACACAAGCCUCUCUCGUGGUAUUUGAUGCCAGACGAGGAGAAUACACUUGAGGCUCAGGUGUGUGGUUCGAAUGGGAAUGAUGACAUGACUCUUAAGCUGCUGAAUGAAACCAGAGACAUGUUGGAAACCCCUGACUUCAACAUGGUACUCAACACUUGUCUGCGCAGAGGGUUUAGUCGCUUCCUUGAUAACAUGGCGGAGUUCUUUCAUCUGCCACAGGGAUGUCCCACAUCUCUAGAAGCAUCUGGAAAUCUCUCUCUUGAACGUCUUCCACUUGCCAAAAUCAUCCCUAUUGUCAACGGACAGAUUCAUUCAAUAUGCAGUGAAAUACCCAGUCAUUUUGUCCAAGACCUCCUGUUGAUUGACCAGGUUAAGAAAUUUGCAGCUAAUGUUUAUGAGACAUUCAGCAGUCCACAAGAACUUCAAAAAUGAUUUGGACUUAGAGUCCUAACUCUGUGCCCUGUUCAAUUGACUGGCCAUAAAUGGAAUGUGAAAUUAGUGUGUUCUUAUUUGUCCUGCAUGGAGAUUUGAAGAAAUGUUGAAUGUAUGAAGUAGGCUUCAAGACCAUUCAAGUAUGGUCUCUAUUAGGUCAUAAAGUCCUAACAAAUGGGAGAUCAGAUCACACUAGAGUGGCUAACUGUAUGGUUAUUUUGGCAAAACAUGUUGAAGUAGAGUGUGUUGUAUGAUUUGUAAACAAACUGAAUGUUUUGAACAUGCCCUAUAAUUUGCAAGUAUGUACACCACAGCCAUCAAAUAAAUAUGCCACUUGUGAAUCUCACAUUGUUAUAUCAUUACUUGUAGAAUUGAUGAAUCAUACCUUUGACUGCAUUUUUUAGCAAGAAGAUGUAGGCCUACAUAACUUUUUUGUUGAGAAUUUGUCAAAUGACCUGUGGUUUUUUGUUUUCACUGUGUUUUUAGAAACUCAGAUUUUGUGAGCAGAAAUUGUUAGCAAUGGGUCUAAUAGAAUGGGAGCUCUCCUGGAAUCAGGGAUAUUUGCUGAAAUAACACGGUUUCCAUAAGCUGUUUAAAUUGUAUUACUGGUAUAUUAUUUCUAGGCCUUAAAAUGUAUGUACAUUUAGAUAUUAUGUACUAGGUAUUCAUUAUUAUUAAAUUGUUAACAUUAAUUUAACACUAAUAUGCUCAUUGAAAUGGUACUGUCAUGUUUCAAAAUUACUGUUUUCGCAGAAUAGUUUAUGUUUCUGGACUGUAAUUCUGUCUCUGCGUUACAAAUAUAUCACAUUGUAAUAAACAAUUCAUGGGGGAAAUCUAAACGUUUAAAGGCAUGUGUAGGUAAUUUUGUUGUUCCAAAUAAAGAUGCUUUCUUAACUCCCA